UAUAUAUAUAUUUUUUUUUAAUUAAAAUUUAUUAUUUGUAAAAUCUAAAGCGAAAAUCUAGUGCUAAAUCUGAGAGUAUUUGAUAAGGACCAAUUUUUUGUUUUUGAAAUCUAACUAUAUAUUCAUAUUUUUUAGUCAAAUACCACCAGCGCCUUUGUUUGCCAAGAGAUUUUUUCUUUCUUUGGCAGAAGAUUAUCAUGAGGGAAACGACAGCUUUUAUGCAAAAAGGGAUUGAAUUGUUCGGCGAUGUAGCGAGUUUUUUGAGGGAUAUUGAUGUCUCACUCCUUUUUAAAAGAUUAUUGCUCUUGGAAAUUGGCUCUGAGAAAUUUAGAAGCAUUCGUGAUUUCUAUACACAACUGUGUUUAGAAAGUGAUGCUGAAUCUUCAAUAUAUAUGCAGGAAGGCUGCAGCCUGCACAUGCACAAGGAUAUUUUUUUAUAUGAAGUGCAGACGCAAGUGACACGAGAGCAGCAUAUAUUUGGGUUUAAAACCAUACAUGAUUGCAUCCAUUAUAGUCCACCAAUUGUUGCACUUUUGAUGUUAAAACGCAUAAUAGAGGAAUUAGAAAAUGAAUAAAAUUUACGUUUUUAGAUAUUUGUGUUGUUUUACCAUGAUUUCCAUGUAAUUAUUUUAAACUGUUAAGAACGAGUGACAGAGACAGAUAUGUGUGUGUGUGUGCGUGACAGAGAGAAAGAGAGAGAGAGAGAGAGAGAGAGAGAGAGAGAGAGAGAGAGAUAUCAAACGCUGCUUAUUAAGCUAUUGUGCUUGACAGGCGUGUGCGCCGCUAUGUUGGAUAUCUCUCUCUCUCUCUCUCUCUCUCUCUCUCUCUCUCUCUUCAUAUAAUAAACAUUAAAUACAAAAAAUCCAUUGUUAACUAUAUAUCUGUGUAUUAAUUUAAUGUAUACUGUAUGUUUAUAAUAAUCCGUAUUAAGUGCUUUAGUCUAUUAACAUUUAAUGA